AAAAUCUCAUUUGGUGCAGGAGGGAGGAGUCAUACCCACGACUUACAAUAGUCUCAAAACCCAUCUCCCGAUUCCCCCAUCUUUUCAUCCCCACCAGCCGACGACCAGAUCCCACAAGACUCGUCAUCUUCGUUUCAGUUUCAAUCCAUCUGAAAAAGCCUCGGCUAUGAUUCUUGUAUAAUCCGAAUACCCAAGAGAGGACUGAGGAAAUGAAUGUGAGCCACGGGUCGGUUCACCCAGUUGAAGAUGUCCCCACCACAGACGGCGCCGCCGGCCCAAACCCGCCCCGGGUCCGAAUGAAGGACCUCCCCGGCAUGCCCGGCACUCCCGCCGGCCUCGCCUUGCGCCUUUCCCAGUUCCUCUUCUCCGCCGCCGCUCUCGCCGUCAUGGCCUCCACCUCUGACUUCCCUUCCGUCACCGCUUUCUGCUACCUAGUUGCCGCUACCGGGUUGCAGACUUUGUGGAGCUUCUCGUUGGCCAUUGCUGACGUCUAUGCCCUUCUAGUGGGGCGUUCUUUGCAGAGCCAUAAAGUUGUCUGCUUGUUCACUCUCGGCGAUGGGAUGACAUCCACUCUUACUUUCGCGGCAGCUUGUGCUUCUGCGGGGAUCACAGUUCUUAUUGACAAUGAUCUUGACAGUUGUGCCCAUAACCAUUGUGCACAAUUUGAAACAGCUACAGCCUUGGCUUUUAUAACCUGGUUCACUGCACUACCAUCUUUUCUUUUAAAUUUUUGGUCGUUGGCAUCCAGAUGAAUGCAUUUAUCGGAAAAGUUCUAGAACAGAAUGAUGGCUUUGGCCGUGUUGUAAUACCACCCGGGAUCAUUACUUGUGUUGUAUGAUUUUUCUUGCCUGUCAUGUAUUGGGAUGUGCUUAAUUGAAAACUGGUUGUAUUUUUGUGUAUAGCUGCCGCAUGAUAAAUAUUUGGGGGUGUGGAUAUGAACUGGUAGUUGAUGCUCAACUAGGAGGUUGAAUUGUUUGGAUAGUUAGUCAUGGUUUGUGAUAAGCUUUGAUGCUAUGAAUGUAAGAAUGCAAACGUACAUGAAGUUUGAACAGA